CGUUUUGACAGUGAGGGAAAUAGGGGGUAUUGUGUGUUUUAAUUGGCUGCAUUAAAGCAACACGUAUUCUUAUUUGUAAUUUAUUAUUUUUAAUAGAAAAUGUUGCCGUUGAACACUUUUCGGUUGUUGUGCUCACCCCGGGCUCUACUGCACCGCAGCUGGCUUUCGACGACCCGACAGUGUGUUUAUAAAACGGUCACACGUUGUACGUCCACCGGCGUCAUCCCCAAGAAGGAGACAUGGCACGGCAACAAGGACCCGAAGGCCCUGGGGAAAGAAAUAAGGCGUAUUUACUCGACUAAUCCAACCAGUUCCAACAGGAGUUACUGUGCGGGUCAAGUCCAACAGACCUGCUGGAGUUGCAAACAGCCUCACGAUGCAACUCCUGCAUUCUUCUGCACGUCAUGCAAAAUGAUCCAGCCCCCGGAAGAAGACGCAUCCUACUUCAAAAUCAUGGAUUGUGACGUCACGUUCACGCUGGACACACACAAGCUGCAGAAAAGAUACUUGCACCUCCAGCGGUCUCUGCAUCCGGACAACUUCAGCCAGAAAUCUGGGAAGGAACAGGACUAUUCAGAAAGCCACUCGGCUCUGGUGAACAAAGCGUACCGCACGCUGCUGAAGCCUUUGAGUCGUGGUCUUUACAUGCUGGAGCUGGAAGGGGUGCGUACAGAGGAGGGCACCGACUCCGAGGCCGACUCGGGGUUCCUGAUGGAGCUGAUGGAAAUCAAUGAAGCCCUCGAUGAAGCGCAGACCCCUGAGGACGCCAAUAAGAUCGGCCGAGACACAAAAGGAAAACUGGCCGUCCUGGCGGAGGCGAUAGACGCCGCCCUUCUUGGAGGAGAACUCCAAGCCGCCAAAGCCCUGCUCGGCCAGAUGAAAUACUAUGCCAACAUCGAGGAGAAAGUAAAGGAAAAACUUUCAGAGUUCAUGUAAUCCCCCCCCCCCUCCCCCCGCCCCACACCCUAUAUAUUGUCACAUUAUUUAAUAGUUUUAGUUAAAUAAAUAAAAAAGUUUUGUACAGAAGCACACAUUAUGUACAUUUGGGAUUAUGUAAAUCUAUUGUUCAAGUUGAAUAAUAAAACUUCUUGUAAUGCAUCUU